AUGCUUACGCCGGCAGUGCCAGAGAUCAUUGAGGAUGACGAUAUCGGAUUGGCGGUAGAUGCGCGAACGGAGAGCCUACCCGGACUGCGCGAGUUAGGGCCGCCGGACCUUGUCCAUCUGGUCAAGCAGAGCUCAAAGGCCGGCGCAAAACAAACGGGCGUGUACCACCAUGUCACCGGAGUCGAUGCCUCCUCUUCGGCAAGUCUUGCUGCCUAUGUCAACACCCUGACAUUCAAUCCCUCAGACAAAACCCACAAAGUGGUGUCGGGCCUAUACUGCUGCUACAAUGCUUUCUCCCACCUGGACAUGCGGGUAGAAGUCAAAAUCCCGGGAAGUGUGGAGAGCUACUGUGUGGACGAAAGAGGUGACCGGCGAGUGGCAACGGACGGGCUCUGGCUGGAGACAUUUCUUUGCGCCGUACUGCGCGCGUACUCUUAUUCUGACGAUGGGAGUGGUGACACUAUCAAAAAGAUCAUUGGCGUCAGAAGAUUCAAUCCAGUUACCAAUACAGAGCAGGAACACCGGUUCUUCGAGGCUGCCGAGAGGCUCUUCUUCAGCGGUCGCCAACUUGGCUCCGACCCCGAGAUUCAAAUCCCAAACGCUGUUUCGAACCACCUGACCGCCGGACUUCUCAAGUACAUCAAAACCACUGGACGUUACACCUCAGGGAUCAACUUGUUUGAGAAGCUACGCACGAAGGACGUGGAGGUGUCUUCCCUACUGGCAAGGGUGCUUUUAGAUGGUGAUGAAGAAGUCCAGGCAGUCCGGUUAUUGCAUGACUCUCUACAGGAUGUGCCGAUGGACUAUGCUCUCCUUGACUGCCAGGCAUCCUUCUGCCAGAGCAAAGGCGAAGGUGAGUGGGCUCUCGAGUUGGCCAAGCAAGGCGUCACCGCCGCCCCCAGCGAGUUCAGCACCUGGGCUCGCCUGGCCGAGGUGUAUGUUGAUAUGGAGCAAUGGGAUCUCGCCCUGCUUACACUGAACUCCUGUCCCAUGUUCUCUUAUCAGGAUAAAGAUUCGCCCAGGAUGCCCGAACCAAGCCGUGUGCUUUUGCCAAUUCUUCCUGAGAGCGUGCUGGACGAGAUUGACGAGGGACAGCCCCGGCAAGGAGAGCCUUUCGACCAGGUACACGUAUCGUUACGGAAACUGCAGGCUGCCACCUAUCAGGGUACUUUUCUCAAGGCUUACAGCCUGCUUACACGGAUUGCUGCGUCCAUCGGAUGGGACGCGCUACUGAAGACCCGCAGUCACGUCUUCGUCAUGGAAGAAGAAUAUCGCUCCGAAAGGCAUCAUUCCGUAACUCCGAAGAUGCCGUCUAGCAAGAAUGCGAGCACGAUUGCACUCUCGGGCACUCCGAACGGGCAUCCCAAGGCGAGCAAUGGUGAAGGCUCAGACGAAGAUGCCGGCUCGGAGGAUGAUUCUCCGGUAGACGACGAGAAGACCCUUGCUGAGGGAGUCUCAACAGCGUCCGGAGUUAAUGGUGAUGGCGAUGAGAAUCCUAUUAUAAAGACAGAUCGAUCCAUGGAAAAGCCGGUCCCCACCAUUGCAGCUGAGGAGGUCAAAUCAGGCAACGAAGACGCCGAAGCCCACCACUCGGAAUAUCCGAAAUUCCAAAAUAAGCGGCUGUGUGAGCGAUGGCUGGAUAAUCUGUUCAUGGUACUCUAUGAAGAUCUCCGGAUCUACACCAUCUGGCGAACGGAAAUGGGGCAGUACCGCCAACAGCAAAUGCAGUACAAGAAGUCGGCGGCAGAAUGGGAGAUCCUCGGAGACCUUGCUGAAAGAUUACACCACACAAACGAGGCAUUGGAAGCCUAUCAACAGUGUCUCAAUAUCCGAUUCUCGCCCAAGGCGAUGCGAGGAAUAAUGCGGAUGUAUGAGAAAAAAGGCGACACGAGGAGUACCCUAGCAUGUCUGAUUCGUCUGAUCACCUGGCAAUACCGGUGGUAUUCUGAGUUCUCGCCAGAACUCUUCUACUCGAUACGAAAGCUCAUCGAAGACGAGGGAGCUGUCAAAGUGCGCAGCAUCGUACAAUCCACCAAUCUGCCGCAGCAUGUCCUUGACCUGACACACGAGUACUGUCAGCUGUGCGUGACAUUCCACAGCAGUGGUACAGACGGGUGA